CUUUGUGUUUACAGCAGCCCGAGUCGCUAGCUAGAUGUAGCUAGCGCAAUGUUAUGACAACCAUCUCUGGAAUUAAAAAAAAGUACACACGAAGCAGGUGAUUUUAAUGAUUUAACUUCAUUCAUGAGCUGCGCUUGGUUUAACAGUCAUGGAUGACAAGGCGUCGGUUGGGAAAAUUAGCGUGUCGUCCGACUCAGUUUCCACUCUCAACAGUGAGGAUUUUGUCCUGGUGUCCCGCCAGGGGGACGAAACGCCCUCCACUAAUAACGGUAGCGAUGACGAAAAGACAGGACUGAAGGUAAUUUCUGAGGAAGGUGUCAGCUUUAAGAUCGUAGGGAACGGCAGUGAGCAGCAGUUGCAGCGGGAGCUGGAGGAUGUUCUGAUGGACCCAUCUGUGGCCGAGCAGGCGGGCAAUGUGGACCAGGUGGGCGGAGGCAACAAUGGUGACAGCCUGGGGUACCCCACCACGGCCGCACCCCCAGAGGCAUGCCCUGCCCCUCCCGGCACCCUUCCCAAACUGGAGCUGCCUGUGCAGUUGGCACAGGACAGUGAGUUCGUGUACAGAGAUGACUCGUCAGAGCCAAGCCCCAGCACUCCGGUGCCGGAUGAGGACAGUGUGGUGUUCAGCAAGCUGACAUACUUGGGCUGCGCCUCGGUCAACGCCCCCCGCAGCGAGGUGGAGGCCCUACGCAUGAUCAGCAUCCUGCGUGGGCAGUGCCAGGUGCCCCUGGACGUCACGCUUUCUGUGCCCGGGGUUUCCGAAGGAACUGUCAGGCUGCUGGACCCUCAGACUAGCAUGGAGAUUGCCAACUAUCCCAUCUACAAGAUCCUGUUCUGCGUCCGCGGCCAUGACAGCACACCCGAGAGUGAUUGCUUCGCCUUCACUGAGAGCCACUACAAUGCAGAGAUCUUCCGCAUCCAUGUCUUCCGCUGUGAGAUCCAGGAAGCGGUCAGCCGGAUACUGUACAGCUUUGCGACCGCCUUCCGGCGGUCAGCCAACAAGACCCCUCUGGCGGCCCAGCCCCCUCCCCUGACGCCUGAUAGUGAUGUCUUCACCUUCACCGUCUGUCUGGAGAUCAAGGAGGAUGAUGGGAAGGGCACCUUCAGUGCCGUAUCAAAAGACAAAGACAAGCAGAGCUUCAAGCUGCGCCCUGGGAUGGACAAGAAGAUUGUCAUUUAUGUCCAACAGACAUCCAAUAAAGAGCUGGCCAUCGAGAGGUGCUUUGGUCUGUUGCUGAGCCCAGGUAGAGAUGUGAAGAAUAGUGACAUGCACCUGUUGGACCUGGAGUCAAUGGGGAAAAGCUCAGAUGGGAAGUCCUACAUCAUCACAGGGAGCUGGAAUCCCAACACGCCUCAGUUCCAGGCUGUCAAUGAGGAGACGCCCAAAGAUAAGUUCAUGUACAUGACAACAGCCGUGGACUUGGUCAUCACGGAAGUGGAGGAGCCGGUGCGGUUUCUGCUGGAAACACGGGUACGAGUGUGCUCGCCCAACGAGAGGCUCUUCUGGCCCUUCAGCAAGCGCAGCUACACGGAGACCUUCUACCUGAAACUCAAGCAGAUGGAGAGGAAGGACCGAAAGAGUAACACGGACACGCUGUAUGAGGUGGUGAGCCUGGAGAGUGAGACAGAGAGGGAGAAGAAGAAGACCACAGCCAGCCCCAGCAUCCCGCAGUCAGCUUCCCACGGCUCCAUGGUGCCCUCACCCCCCGAGGACGACGACGAGGAAGACAAUGACGAGCCACUGCUGAGCGGCUCAGGGGAUGUGUCCAAGGAAUGUGCCGAGAAGAUCCUGGAGACCUGGGGGGACCUGCUGUCCAAGUGGCAUCUGAACCUGGCUGUGCGGCCAAAGCAGCUGUCUGCACUGGUCCGCAGCGGUGUCCCGGAGGCCCUCAGGGGUGAGGUGUGGCAGCUCCUAGCUGGCUGCCAUAACAACGACCACCAGGUGGAAGAGUAUCGGACGCUCAUCACAAAGGAAUCUCCCCAGGACAGCGCCAUAACUAGAGACAUCAACCGGACAUUUCCAGCACAUGAUUACUUUAAGGACACAGGAGGAGACGGGCAAGACUCGCUGUACAAGAUCUGCAAGGCAUAUUCCGUGUAUGAUGAGGAGAUCGGCUACUGCCAGGGCCAGUCUUUCCUCGCCGCGGUUCUGCUACUACACAUGCCUGAAGAGCAGGCCUUCAGCGUGCUGGUGAAAAUCAUGUUUGAUUACGGACUCAGGGAGCUCUUCAAGCAGAAUUUUGAAGAUCUGCACUGCAAGUUCUUCCAGCUGGAGCGACUCAUGCAGGAAUACAUUCCAGAUCUGUACAAUCACUUCCUGAACAUCAGCCUGGAGGCGCACAUGUACGCAUCCCAGUGGUUCCUCACACUCUUCACCGCCAAGUUCCCGCUCUACAUGGUCUUCCACAUCAUUGACCUGCUUCUGUGUGAGGGCAUCAGUGUCAUCUUCAAUGUGGCCCUGGCCUUACUGAAGACCUCGAAGGACGACCUGCUCCAGACCGACUUUGAAGGAGCACUGAAGUUCUUCCGGGUUCCCGUCCCGAAGCGCUACCGAUCAGAGGAGAACGCCAAGAAGUUGAUGGAGCUGGCCUGCAGCAUGAAGAUCAGCCAGAAGAAGCUGAAGAAGUUUGAGAAGGAGUACUACACUAUGAGGGAGCAGCAGGCCCAGCAGGAGGCCCCCAUUGAGAGAUACGAGAGGGAGAACCGGCGGCUGCAGGAGGCCAACAUGCGUCUGGAGCAGGAGAAUGACGACCUCGCCCACGAACUGGUCAGCAGCAAGAUUGCACUGCGGAAGGACCUGGACAACGCUGAGGAGAAGGCAGAUGCCCUCAACAAAGAGCUACUGAUGACCAAGCAGAAGCUGAUAGAGUCUGAGGAUGAGAAGAGGAGACUGGAGGUGGAGUCAGGGCAGCUCAAGGAGAUGUGCCGUCGCGAGCUGGACAAGUCUGAGUCUGAGAUAAAGAAGAACGGCUCCAUCAUUGGUGAAUACAAGCAGAUCUGCUCUCAGCUCAGCGAGAGGCUGGAAAGGCAGCAGACAGCCAACAAGGGCGAGCUGGAGAAGAUCCGGCAAAAGGUGGAGGGCUGUGAGAAGUGCAGCGUGCUCUUCAACAAGGAGGGCCGCCUGAAGGUAGUGAGUGCUGACAAGGAGGGCAGCGAGGAGGACACUGACGAGGAGAAGGAGGCACUGAAGAACCAGUUGAGAGAGAUGGAGCUGGAGCUCGCCCAGACCAAGCUGCAGCUGGUGGAGGCAGAGUGUAAGAUCCAGGACCUGGAGCACCACCUGGGUCUGGCACUGAACGAAGUCCAAGCAGCGAAGAAGACCUGGUUCAACAGGACAUUAAGCUCCAUCAAGACUGUGACGGGUGCCCAGGGCAAAGAGACGACCUAACUUGGAGCCAGGGCAAGAGACUGACCCCCCCCCCCAUCCUUCCUCCUCCUCUCCCCAACACUGGUCAGAGGUACCGCCUACUCCUGGGACCAGAGCAAAUACUCAGCGGGGUUUUUAAAAAGGACAAUGUUCAUUGGGUACAACCACCCCAAACAAAACAUACUUAAAAUAAAAAAGGCUUUAACUUUACAGGAGUCUUUAUACUACUGAUAUUUAACUGGUAGGAAGUCCAAGUUGUCUGAACUGUCCUCAUGGACAUGAAAUACUCCCUCUACUGUCCUGCUCAAGACUACUUGCACAAAACUCAAAUUGAAAUUUAGUUAGGUACGAGUGCUAACACCUCCUUUUCAAACUUGUUGGCUUUUCUAAUUUGUUUCUGUUUAAUACUACCUUUUUGUUUUCUACAUAAAUGCAUAUCGAUAGAUGUGUGCGUGUGGGUAUGAGUGGCUACGUGUGUGUUGAGUGUGUGGUGCUCCAGUAAAGUUUUAUGAUAAAGGAAUCAAAGGUGAUUGGUUGGCACUGUUGACCGAGGGGGAAGGUACAGAAAGUUUGACAAAACCUUGGAGAUGACUGAGGCAAAGAGAGCAGAAGUAGCCAACAGUUGCUGAUGUUGUGACUCUGAGGGUCAUUCAUGACCAGACCACUGGUUUGGACUGUUAGCGAUACACCCCCCCCCCCCCCC